UGUGAAAUUAGCGAAUACUGCAGCAAGAAGUGAGGAGUGUGUGAGAGUCAGUCAGUGAGAGAGUGAAGGAGUGAAGGAGUGAGAGUGUCACGAUCAGGAGGAAAGAGCGAGAAGGGAUUAAUAUUUCACAAACAUCUCAACUGGCUGGAGACAGGUAAUUCUGAGAGUCACCCUCUCUGCUGUUGAAUUAAAGAAAAUCCGGUUCAUUAGAGCUGAGUUUGUAGGAUGAAGGAAGGAGCUGAUGAUGGCAGGUCCUUCUCCUCACACUGGGAUUUUCUCUGUGGAGUUAAAGUUUGUGGAGCUGUCAGUGAAGAGUGUGUUCAGGCUGUCAGGGAGUCUUUUUUCUUCUGUACAAACUGUUGAUUUCUUCAGUGUGAGGUUUUUUUUUAAAGUCAAAACAGCACAUGAGAAUUUGUCACCGUGAACGAUCUGAUCAAUGAAAGCGAUUAUCUCCUGUUUGUCAUCUUUAUUCUUGGAUAAACUUGUUGACAAUAAUAAUCAGACUCCUUUCGUCAAACAGAGUUCAGCUGCAGAGAAACAAAAUCUGAGGAGUAGAUGGUAAAACUAACACCAAGAGAAAAACUACAUUUAUAAUCGCUCUACAUUUAAGGACAACACCUUUGAAACAUAUUUAAUGACUGUUUUCAACAUAUCAGGCUGCAUUUGAUGGUGACGCUGUUUCAGGUAUUUUGCUAUAAAUGAAAAAUGGUGCUCGUAUUUUUUAUGUGAAAAAAAUUGCUGUUAAUUUGACUCCUUUUUGAAAAUAAUCUGAAUCUCCAGUUUAAAGGAACAAACACUGAGUUUUAACGUUACACUGUCACUGAGAAAAGAAGCCAAAUAAUCAAAAAGUUAAAGCUCCUGUGAGGAACUUCACUUUGUGUCGAUUUUGGCGCCCCCUGUGGACAAAGCAGUCUUUGCUUGUCUUGUUAUCUACAUAGUGUCCUCAGUCCUGUUUUAUUUUACAGUCAAAUGUAUUAAUUAUUGGGAUUAUCUUGAGCAGACAAUGUCUUAGUCUACGUUCACACUGCAGGUCAAUUCUGAUUUUUUAACCAUCUGUGACACAUAUCGGAUUUUUUCAUGUAAGUGUGAACGGGUCAAUUCUGAUUUGUUCUAAUCCGACCCAGGCCUCUUUUGUAUGUGGAUAUGAAUCGGAUAUGUAUCUGAUGUGACUGCAGUGUGGACGCUCAGGUCGCGUUCAUCCGACCUAUAAUAUGCGACAAACGUCACCAUUGUUUGACAACGCAAACAGGCGUGGAAAUCAAUUUGUGCUCUGUGUGCAUGCGGGUCACUUCACAGAUACAAUCUGUUCACAUUAGAUGAUCGUUGUUGUGAUGUGAACAGAUUGCACAAAAAGAUCGGAUUUAACAAUAAACCUGAAUUGUACAUCAUAACCUGCAGUGUGAACGUAGCCUAACUCCUACCCCCUCACAUUGAUAUUAGACUUUGAUAAUAAUAGUAAUAAUAGUAACUUUAUUUUUAUAGCACUUUUAAAAACAGUGCUUUGAAACAUAUAUUUGUAUAAAAAAUAUUUAUUACAGAAUGCAUUUUAAAAUUUCGUCACUGUCUUUUGUUUAUCAUAAAAAACGCUUCAGUCUAUUUCAUUAACAUCCAAAACUCCUCACAGGAGCUUUAAUGAAGUAAGUUUCUGCAGAAUAAUGACUAAUAAUAUUAAUGGAUGUGAUUUAUGUGGUGGAAAGAGGAGGAGGAGGAGGAGGAGUGUCCGGGUUCAGGGUGAGUCCUCUCGGCCUCUUUUGUCCGCCUCUGACCUGAGUUACUGAACAGAGAGGUGAGUCAUGGAGUCAUCCUGUGUCUCCUCUGCCUCUGUGGUCAUCACACUCCUGCAGCCACCAGCCGACUCAACCUGCAGGUCUUACCUUACUUCCUCCUGAGGAGCUUAAGUACCCGUGAACGUCUUCCUUUAGAGAGAAAAACUGUAAUAAAUCCAUGAAGGUGAGCGGGCUGCAGAUGAUUAAUCUGAAAUGGUCUGCAGAUUCUGUGAUUAGACGGAAACACAAUGUGAGUCAUAGUGUCACCACAGGUACCCAAAUUGAAGCUCAUUAUUUUCUUUCCACUCAUGUCGUAUUAGUCAUCCUAAAUAUGAAGUUUAGCCCAUCUGAGACAGAAGUUCACUAAUAAACACUUGAUUUUUCAGUUUUACAGUCUGUCUGACCUUUAAAUGCAAAAAAACAAGCUGUAAUUUAGAGAUGCUUUAUGUAAGACUUACACAAGCUUGUGCAUUACUUAUUUUUACAUAUGCAGUCCUGGUCCAGGAUUUGUUCCCUGGGAAAAUACCCAGUAGACCUGCAGACCUUUUUAAAGAACUCUUACAGCUGUUAACAGCCGGUUUUGACAUUUCCGUGAGGCAAUUCUCACACAAACAAUGGGCGCCAACUCGUCGUCCAUUGUCAACUUUCACAAUGCAUCCAUGGGGAUUAUUUGCGAGUAAUUUCUUAUCUUGAAAGAGUUUUUAUUUUGUUUAGUGUGAGGUUACCAAGAAGCUUGAGUUAAACUACUUCUAACCAGACGUUUGUAAGAGUGGCGCUAAAUAACUCAUUUCUUAAGUAGGUCGUUCUCCGUCCUUUCAGAAGAUGUCAUACCUGGUUUUAUGUCUUUGGUUGGAAGGCUGUUGGGAUGUUUGGUCACUUCCAUGGGUGUACCGGUAAAACCAUGACUCACUGGAGCUGGAGUGUAACGUACGCCCAAAGAAAGUGAGACGCCGCUGACCUUAUCUGUGUGUACUUUCCUGCUGUUAUAUGAGAAGGCUCAGCUCUCAUACCUCGUUUCAAACGCUCAUAACAAGACUGCAGCUCAUACUCAGAAAACAGCCCUCAGCUUCAUUCUUGGAUUUUCUUUGUCUUGUUGCUUCUGUCAGAUCAGACGUAGUCAGAUGAGAUGUUUUGAAGUCUGGUUGAUGCGUCGACAGCCUCUGCUAUGAACUUCGGCCUGUUUCUCACCUCUGCAGCGUCUCGCAGAGGUGAGGCAGAUUCUUCAGAGCGAGUUUUGUUCGACAGCAUAUUAGCUCGUGUCUCCGGAGAAAAGAAAAUGUAAUGACCCGAGAUCCUUCUCAGAAAUAAGCUGUAGUUGAAGAGCAGAGAGUGCUUGAAGGCAUUCCUGUAAAAGUAAUGUCCCUCAAGCGCAUAAGUCAUUUUUUAUUCUGUCAUGAAAUACAUUUUGCAUUGUUCCGUCGAGAUUGAGCCUAGACUUGUAAUCUCAGGGCGAGUGUUUAUCUGUCAACCUGACAAACAGUCCAGCCUUGGUUUUAUUGCACUGAUAGUUAUGAAGCCUUCAUCUGAUGUUCCUGAGACCCUCGACAACUCCUGUGUGAUGGCAGCGUUAAAUAAAAAAGAAACAGGAAAUAGCCUCCCAGUGUUGAUAUCAGCUGAUCUGUAAGUUUGAGUUUUCUAAGUUUUUUACUGUCUAGAAAAAAAACAAAAACAAUAUCGGCUCAUUUCCUGGAACACGCCUCCGUGUUUGCAGAGGAAAAAAGUCGACCUCAUCAUUAUCCCUGAAACAACAGGCCUUUUAUUAGCUGCCUGUUUGUCUAUGCUCACCAUUGUUGUUGAUUUUAAACUCGUGUGAGGAUUGAAAGGCGGCUCCACCUCGUGUGUCACAGGGUCACGCUCUGCCGUGUGCGAGCUCGCCGCUCAGCCUGUUGCAUAACUGUUUAUGGCCCCUAAACCUCCUUAGAGAGAGGUGCCGUGUUCAUUAACACGAGGCGUUACUCAAAUAGUUGUCAGGAGUAAUGGUGCUUGGCUUCUCCGUGUGCUUUCAUGGCUCCUCCUGUGAGAGCCGCUCAGUAUCUGAGAGAGUCACACCGACACAUCUCUAUAACUGCACCGUUAGUUUACUCUCAUUUUUAAUUACUCUUUUAAUUACUUUCCUGUCUAUGAAAUACCCCAAAAUAACACAAAAAUAUACAUACUGUGUGUCCUCAAUCCUAAAGUUCUCUUGUAUAAACUUGCAGUUUGUACAAAAGUUCAAGACCCGUAAAAUCCUAAAUGUAGGGCUGCACGAUUUAUCAAUUUUAAAUCGUAAUCAGAUAUUUUGAUUAUGACGAUGUUAAAAAAAUUUAAAUCAUCAAAUCGAUUUUCCUCUCUAUCAUGUCUCACACCUCCAGGCCACCAUAGGCUCCUCCCCCUUCCUGUGGGAGCGCUCCCCAGUUCCCACACACAGCAGUGUAAACAAACAUGGCGUUUUCAAAAGAAGGCAAUAAUUUCGUGGUUAAAUAGGACAAGAGCGAGUCAGUCGUGUUGAAUUGGUACGACUUCACAGUUUCAGAUGAAGAGCAAACCACUCCCCGCUGCAAAGUCUGUCUGAAGGCGGUAUCAACCCGUCACCACGGAAACGAAUUCAGGAGGAAACGCUAAAGUUUUUUGUUGUAUCGGUGUUUCAUCCACAAGGAAACAACGUUUCAGGUGACAGCAAACGGUACUUUUUGAAAACAGGUCAGAGAGUGAAUAAAUCUGUAAACGACGACCAUUUCAUCUCCGUGUGGAUGUCUAUCUGCAUCUCUGGAAACGAUCAUGUGACACACAGAGUAACUUUCAUGGUGCCAGCAUGUGUCCGACCAAAACAACCUUUAUACACAUGCUCUGUACUCUUCUUCUGUCUUCUGUGCGUUUCCUAUACAGCGCCACUUACUGGUUUGGCAUAUGCACUACAUAAUUUUCAGUUGUUUCAUUUUGAGAGACGAUAGAAAAACUUUUUAUUGAAGGUCUUUUUAGUGAAGUUUGUUGAAGUCGUCACUGAAUAAAAAAUUGAUUUUAUUUUUGGCCAAAAUCCUCCAGCCCUCCUACCACAUCUCUAUAACUGCACUUUUAGUUUACUAUUAUUUUGAAUUACUUUAUUGAUUACCUUCCCGUCUGUAAAAUACCACAAACUUGGGUUGUUUGUCCAAAAAGUGCAAGACCCACAAAGUCUGAAAUGUGUAAUGAAGUAAAAACAAAUCCUCCCAUCUGAGAAACCUGCACAUGUUUGGCAAGUUCAUUUCAAAGAUACUUAACAGAUUACUAAAUGAUCAGAAUUGUUUGUGAUGGAUUAUUUGGAGGGGCUGCCAGCUGAGCUGCUGAGCUGCCGAGUGGAUUUUUAAUUUGUUGGUCCAAAAGCUUCUUUGUUUUUAAGGACAAAAGGGUUUUAGAAAUAAAAGUAAUGCUGCUUAGAGCGACAGGAGAACAGGCUGCAAACUCGACAAACUUUGUCUUUCCGAAGUUAAACUGAAGUGUUUCUCUGAUGCUUUUCAGGAGGUAGAAUGACAGGAGAGGCUGUGAGCUGAGCUGCUGUCAUAGAUACUCGGCUUGGAGUUCUUCAACUAUAGAAGAGAAUCAGGGUUUUUGGAGGGACUGUUCUCAUGAUGUCCUCUUUCUCUCAGACCAGGUGUUUUAGAGGGUUAAAAUAAAAAAUUAAAGCUCCUCAUCAGCCUAAAGUCCAGGUCUGGGUCUCAUAAUCAGUGUUAGAGUGUAAAAUACUGGAGUGUGUACUUCUGCUGAAAAACAAGUGUAACCCGAGUGUGUCAGGUUUUCAUUUUUGGUGUUUUCAGCUGCUGUCUCACAGUCGAGGUUGUUCCCAGGUCGACCUCGGAUAGAUUGAAGGUUUUAUGAAUGUUCUUACGUUCCUCUUCUGCCAGAUAAAUCAGUCGUGGUUUUACAGUCACAGUGACAAGAAAAUGACAAUCUCUGGACUGACUGAUGGUUAUUUCGAGCAGACGGGGGGAUUUCAAACUAUUACUGCGUUUGUCACGAGAACAGUGUUUUCAGUUUCUUCUUAGUUAACAUGUGUCUGUCCUCCACAGCUCAAGGUUGCAAACAGAGCUGAACGCUGACCGCUUCCUUUUAAAGAGGGGGGGGGGGGACCCUCAGGUGUGCUGAUGGUGGAGCGUACCAUGUUUAAUUAGGUGAAAGGUUAUCAGGAUAAACUGUUCCAACUUUGUGGUUGAGGAGGAUCUUUGUGGGUGAAACAGUGACUCUGUUGAUGAAUUGUGUUUGUUUAAAAUGAAUGUGAGUAUUAAAGUGAAGUAUAUCGAGUUAUUAGGGGAAAUUUUGAGUUAAUUGACAGACAGCAGCUGGUUGGUCUAGAGAGGGAGGGGCUGAGCGUUUAUAAAAGACUUUGACCACCGUGAGUCUCGAGAGAUCUCACUCCAGUCUGAGGGUGAAGGUGAACCAGACCACUGCAGGGACUGGGAAGAGCAUGUUUGGGAUUUUUCCACACAGAAUCUGACGUCAAGAAAAUUUUCUUUUUCUAACUUUGUAACUAAAAGCACCGCAAUCAUCCAUGCGACUCAAUCCAUCAUUUCCUCAUUUUUCUAUGGACCCUUUUUGUAAAAGGCUUAAAGCUUAUAAUAAUAACAGUUAUGAACGUCUCAGCCUGAAGGUGAGAUCAUAUAAAAACAGCAGCUGUUUGAAUAUAGCCUUGUGGGUGUCGCUACCAGAUCUGUCCCAGAAACUCGAUUUGUACUGCACGUGUGUGAAACGUGCGUCACUUCUUCUCCUCGUAUUUCAAAGCAUUUUAUGGCAGCUAUCGCUACCGACCAAAAUCGUACUGCACAAGUGCAAAUUCACGUCACCUUAGAAACUUUAUUUAAACUACCGAUCGAUUUCAGAAACCAGCUGACGAUGUGAGAGGCUAGCUAGCAGGAGGAUCCAGGACUAAUGCGAGGCAUUUGCCAGAUUUCUUGCCCAGUGCGGUGAGACCUUUCAGGCCACAGAGAGCGCCACCACCAGGUCAAAACCACUGUUCUCUGACUUUUCAAAUUAUCAAGGGAGGAUGAAGGGAACAUUUGUGUAUGAAACAUAUGACCAGUAUCUUUAUUAAACCAUUUUAUUUAAACAAAAAAGGAUUUAUUUAUUAAUGAGAAGCCGACACAUUACGGACAAUGAAUUUCAGCGUUUUUAUAAGGCGUUUCAAUUUCAACACUGAAAUAUUCACUUUUAUUCAGGCCUUUUAUGACUACGCUGCAAUUUUACAAUCAAGCCAGUAGAAAGAACCUUUAACCAUGAAACUGGGCGCCAUUCUCUUGACUUUCCGGCGCUCUGCUCCAGUCGGGGGAAGUACUCUGUUCAGGAGAAUAGCGUGCAGGUGCCGUUCUGACUGAAGCAUCCAUUUUGACUGAAGCGAGCUCGCUGAUGUUGAAAUAUGUGACAUACGUUUCGCACAUGCGCAGUACAAAUCGGGUUUCCGGGAUGGAUCGGGUAGCGACGGGGCGUAGCUUCUUGCUGCAGUCAUUUCCACCAACAGCUAAAUUCUGGGCAUCAGUCAUAAAAAGCUCGUGUAUCAGGCACCAUGUGUGGUUGUUUGUGACCUUUUCAAGCAUAGUGUCUUUUUGCCGAUACGCCAAAAUGUUUCUGAGUUAUCCUUCGAACAUCACUGCCGUCCAACAAGAGCUGCUGAAGGAGUCAUUUAGCUGUAUGUAGGAGUAAGCGGGCAUGUUAGUGUGUUUCAGAGCCUCUGGCAGCCCCCGCCAUGUCCCGGCUCUUCUGAGGGCUGUCCAAACAAAACUGCAGCCAAACGCUCCUCCCAGACUUCACAGAACAGGAAGUGGGUUGUUUUGUUUCACAGGGUGAACCUCUGAGGCCUCACUGCUGCUGCUGUCUCCCACUUGUUUGGCUUUGAACCCAUCAGGGCAAUCUCUGGCCCCCUCGGCUUUUCCUGGAAAUCAAAAGAGUGGGCAGUUUCUGUGGAAUCAAUAAUAUCCCUACAUCCAGAGGGAUUUUUCCACGUGGAAUAUUCUGUUUCCAUUUAUGAUGAUGUUUACUCUGUGAAUUACAGAGAAUACGUUAAAUAACACUUCAAAAAGUGAAAAUAUGAAGUGAUUGUGAAGUGGAGGACUUUGUUAAAGCAGCUUGAACUCCAACUUUGUGCUGCUGAGACUGAACACUGGGCACCAGGAGAAUCAAGUUAGGAAGAAAUGUGAACAAAUCAUGAUCGUGAUUUUCCAUUAAAAUGGAACGAAAGAUGUUAACAAAACUGUCAAACAAGCUAACACAUCCAAAAUUUUCCAGUAUGGCUGCUGGAUCUGCCAAAUUUCCAUGGAAACAAGGAGGACCAGCGUUUUCUUUUUCUGUGUCUUCACUCUCUGUGAACUUGUGAGCUUAUGUAAUAUCCCCAUGUUAAUUUAUACAAAACUAUAAUUCUGUAUAUUCCUCUAAAAUCAAACAGAAACACCCUCAGGUUUCAGUUUCCUUAUGACAGAGAGACUAAAGCUGCUUAAAAAUGUGAGUGUGAGGACAGUUCCUCUAGUCCUCAGAAAUCAGCCAUCUUCAGGAAAUUGUUGAACCAGUCUGGUCAUCUGUUAUCGUACCGAACCAACAAUAGUGACUAAUAACUCCAGCCUGUAUUUGUGAGGUUUUUAUUGGUUUGAUGCUUCUUACUCAAAGGGUUCCUGUUGCCACGAGGCUGAGCAGAGACUGAAAGUUUACCCUGCAACACUGAAAGAUUAAUUUCCCCCGGUAAGUGGGUGCCCUGGUGAAGAGGAUUCUUGUCAAGAGUGUCUGGCUGAGAGUGGAUGAGGUGAGGAGCCAAAUGACUUUAUGCACAGCUGCUCUCAAGCAGCAGGGCUCCAACUCAUCCAUCAGGUGCAGCUCCAGCUCAUCCCUUCUUAGCUGCAAUAACGGAAACACUCCUCCCAUCUGCAGAAAUCUGUCUUUGCCCUGAGAGGAGUUUUUAUUCAUCAAACAAUCGACUGUAUGCAAAAGAGACAACAUCACUUUAAUUCCACUCUUUGUGAGCAUGAAGCCAAAAUACUGACUCCAUAGGUGCUGAAAUAUCGCAGUUUAAGCAUGAUUAGAAGUAGAAGAAGUAAAUACAAAUUUAGGAUGGAAAAAAACACGAUCAUUUAGUCAAGAUGAUGGUGGCUGAGGAAACGAGACAUUCAGAGGAUUUACAUUUACAGUUACUUCAGCUGUAGUCGAAGUUUGAUCAGAUCAUUUAACUGGACUACUGUCUGUAGGACUGAAUGAUUGUGGCCAGAAAUAAAAUCCAGAUUUUUUUUCUCUGAAAACUUGAUUUUAGAUUUUAAUUUUUGUUCAGUGACAGCUUCACCAAACUUCAUUUUAAAAAGUUUUUUUAUCGUCUCUCAAAAUGAAACCACUGAAAACGAUGUAGUUCAUAUGCCAAGACAGUAAGUGGCGCUGUAACGCUGCACAGAAAAUGCAGAAAAGACAGAAGAAGAGUACAGAGCAUAAUAAAGGUUGUUUUGGCGCCAUAAAAGAGUUACUCUGUGUGUCACAUGAUCGUUUCCAGAGAUGCAGAUAGACAUCCACACGGAGAUGAAAUGCCACGCCGUUUCCGUGUGGAUGAAAUGCCGAUACGACUAAAAACUUUAGCGUUUCCUCCUGAAUUCGUUUCUAUGGUAACGGGUUGAUACCGCCUUCAGACAGACUUUACAGCGGGGAGUGGUUUACUCUUCAUCUGAAACUGUGAAGUCGUACCAAUUCAACACGACUGACUCGCUCUUGUCCUAUUUAACCACGAAAUUAUCGCCUUCUUUUGCAAACGCCAUGUUUGUUUACACUGAUGUGUGUAGGAAUAGGGGAGCGCUCCCGCAGGCAAUAUUUUUUGCCUGCGGGAUGGAAGGGGAAAGUACAGUCUCCUCUGAUUGGCUAGAAAAGCUGGAAACGUCAUCACAUGCUCAAGCUGUCGGCUCUGUACAUCGAACAGAACAUUAUCACACUUCUGAAUCUCCUAACCCUAAUCCUAAUCCUAACCCUAACUGUAACCCGACAGACGGUGACAUUUCACAGCCAUUAGGAAUAACCAAUCGGAACCCAGCACUUCUAGCCAAUCGGAGGAGAAGGAGGGCGGGACCUUGCCCUACCCUCCUACAAAAACAAAAAUUUGCCUCCCGCAGGAAGAGGGAGCCUACGGUGGCCUGGAGGCACGAGACAUGAUAGAGAGGAAAAUCAAUUGUAAUUUUUUAACAUAAUCAAAUAAUCAGAUUACGAUUUAAAAUCAAUUAAUCCUGCAGCCCCAACUGUCCAUGUCCCAGUGUACAAGCACUGAUGAGAACUGGUUUGAACAGAUUAUGUUUAUGCUCCACUUUCAGCUGGUUAUGAUUGGUCAUCUAUUAUGUCAUUUACCAAAACAAUCAACAGACUAAUUAAUUAAAUUUAAUCAGCCGUCUCAGUUACAGACAGUCAGUCAGACGCUGAAUAUCAACCUCGGCAAUCAGCCAAAGCCGGUCCAAAAUCAGUCCACCCUUAGAGCAAACCAUAACCCUGACAUCCAAAUAUGGUCGCCUUUAGAUCCAGCCAAUCAGGAUGAUGGAUGGUCAUCAUGUAAGACUGAAGGACUGGGAAUAAAAGGGUUCAGAAACCAGUGUGUGAAGUCAUGGUGGCGGCCUUGACUUGUUUCACACUCGUGCUGAACUCCAGUUUAAUAAUGAAGAGACAGACGAGCCAGCAGCAGCUUUCGCUCUUCCUCCAGGGUAACCGAGGUAAUGUCGACUGUGGGAGCGGUCUGAAAGAGGACCGGGAGAGCAUCUGGAGGGAUCAAAAGCAGGCCGGUGUUUCAUCUCCUGCAAGUUCUUCAGCAGCUGCUCUGAUUUCCCAGACCGCAGAGGGAAACAAACAGGGCAGAGGCCUGAUAACACAUUCCUUCAUGUCCCAGCCUGUCCCAGCACCCCCCUCCUUCCUUGUCCCUUACUGUCCUCCCCCUGCUCCUCUUUUCUUAUGCGGCUUUUGUAGUCGACACGAUGUGGCGUUGGGGAUCCGAGGUCUGUGCCUGCAGUUGUCUGUGACGGCGUGGAGAUGAAGGAGCUCUCCCUCAGGUGUAAUCUGACUCGGUUCUGUCAGGCGGAGGUGUCAGACUGGUCGCUUUGGUGCCGCACAGCACGACUAGAAAGUUUUGUUCAACACCGUGUUCUUGAUCCGUCUCAUGUUCCUCCUACAACCUCUACAAAUAAUUUAAAUAUCCGUCAUACAGACUUCAAAAACGGGUGACAGAGUGAGCGCCGCAGCUUGACAAGCGAGAUCUCUCAUAGCAAUAAAGUUUAUUUCCCUGCUGCGGCGCUCCUGAUAGAUUCUCCUGAAAGUUUUGUUUUUCUUGUCUCCCAGCAGAGAUGGCAGCCAUCCGGAAGAAGCUGGUGAUUGUCGGGGACGGAGCUUGUGGGAAAACAUGUCUUCUCAUUGUUUUCAGUAAAGACCAGUUUCCUGAAGUCUACGUCCCGACGGUGUUUGAGAACUACAUCGCCGACAUCGAGGUUGACGGGAAACAGGUUUGUACUUUUAGUAACAGAAGUGUUUGUGUGGAAAUCUCUCUCCAUUAGAUCAUAAGCCCCGCCCUUUUUGAUAACUAAUUAUUACACGUGUCAGGUGUUGUUUGUCAUUAGAGAAGCAAACAGCUAGGGCUGCACGAUACUGGAAAAAACUAACAUUGCAAUUUUUUUCAACCCUGCGAUAUUAAAAAAUGGAGGAAUGUUCAUCAGAUGACCUGAUUAUCACUUUCUGCUGAAGUCUUGAGGACAGUUAACCUGCACUGAUCUCACCUCUUUAGUGAAUGUUAGUAGAAUAACUUCUGUCUGUCUCAGAGAUAUUUUCAGCUUUUAUUGUUCUGGGACGUUAUUGUGGAAACAGAUGAACACAGAAUACGUGUUUUGGUCGACAUCUUUCCUUUGUAACCAAAUAAUUCCUGAUAACUGACGUUUUUUUUUCUUUUUAGCAACAAGUCUUCGUCUUCGGUGGUUUUCUCUUGUUCGUUGCUCAUUUUGCAAUUGUUGUUGUUGUGCCGAGAAACGCAUGUCUGCCAAGAACAACACCAGUAGCGCCUCCGACUCACUCCAUGUGCAGGGGCGUGGUUUCCUCCUCUCUGAUUUUGAUUGACGGCUGGCAGGAUAGUCUGAUUGGCGACCGAGUAAAGAACAAAUGUGAUUGGUGGAUCACUGCUCGGCACAUGCAGAGUCACAUGAAGUGUAUCUCCGUCAGCUAACCCUUUUAGAAAUUAGAUGAGUUCAUUUGCCUCCGACAUCGCAGGAUCUUCAAUGUGACUAUCACACACACGUUCAUCGUGAUGACGAUGCUCAAACGAUAUAUCGUGCAGCCCUACAAACAACACAAUUAAACAACACAGGACUGGACCGUACUCUGUUUACAAAGAUCCAGUGUAAAGAUGGAGUAAGAUCAGACUCUGUUCCGUCCACCUGUAGAGAGGAGAGGCAGAAACCUCGAGCAGAACCAGACUCGUGUGUCUGCUGAGUCUGGACAGAGGUGAGACUGGUUUCAGUAUCUCAUACGUCAAACGGUCGAGGUUUGAGUCGAGGCUGAACAGCGAGUUCUGAAACCCUCCAGUCCUGACUCUGAAGUGUGUCUAACUUCAGGGCGCCGCUCGGCGGUGGUCGAGUCUUCGCUGCAGAUGGUCUGUUACGUCGAAGGGUUUUGUUCUCUUGAGCCGACCACCGCUGCAGGAUUACUCCAUGGCAAAACAGGAAAUGACUCUUCUUUCCAGCUUCCUGUUCAGACAAGGAACAGCAGCCAUGUCUCCUGGCGAUCCCCCCUCCUCACAUCAAGACCUCCUCCACCUCCCUUCCUCCUCCUCCUCCUGCCUGAUGAGCGUCUCAUUUCCUGCCCUGGUGGUAAUCAAACUCGAGGAGGCAAGAGGGGGUCAACUGUUGUUUUCUGGACCGGAAAUACAAACUUCUGGAUCCAUGGCUGACAUCUGCGGAGGGUUGGAUGAUUUUGGUAAAUGGGGUUGUCAGUCUCUUUAAGUUUCCCCCCCCGUCAUCUAUCAGGACACAGCCCCCAUGAGAAUCAGCCCAUUACACAACCAGCUGGAUUUGUUCUCAGGCCCUAAAUCUCUCUCCUCAACACAAAAACAGUUUUUUCUUUCACCUUCAGAGGUUUGGGCAGACCCUAAAAAUAGCUGUUUUCCCCUCAUUUUCUUCCUCCCCGAAGUCUCCAGCCUCCAAAAAGGUCCGGUGGGAACGUCAUCUCUCCAGUUGCUCAUGCAGUCUCACCAGUGUGCAGCCACCUCCCACCCUCUGCCUCUGCAAACCUCUAUUUUGGGACCGUGGACUGAUGCGUUUGGUCUCUGUGGGCUCAUCAGCCUUUUCUGUCAUUCAGUGAAGUUACAGGAUUCAAACUUUCGAACACAUCUUCCCUGAACACACUGAGUCAGCUAAAGAGGCGAGUGAAGCCCGGCUGCUAAUGUCUGUUCAGGGACAGGAGGUAUCUGGAUGGAUGCUCACUAAUCUCCCACUUUCCCUAAUUGAAUUAAUCAGCGGUGUGAUGGGAUGAGGCCGUUCCCAGAGUUCAUUUCCACAACAGAGACAACAUUACAGGAAUAUAAGGCUGAUGAGUUUAAAGCACAAUGAAUCCAAAGAAGGAAAGCGGCGUUUGUUUAAAGACAUAAAUCAUAAGCUACGAUCGAUAUGUGAGGAAUGUGUGCUAAGAGGAGAUUAAUGUCCGGAGGUUAAGUAAUGGUAGCUUUAUUAGCUUCCUGGUAUGUGAGGCUUUGACCCCGGAGAAAAUGACUCGAAUGCAGCACAUACCUCAGCGUACUCUCAGAAUCCUCAGGCUCUCAGCGGAUCAGAGAAUAAACCUGAUCCCUGAUGGUGUCAUGUCAUGUUAAAGCCCCGUUUAUACGUACCCGUUAAUUUUUUAAACGGAGACAUUAACCAUUGUUUGCUCCCUUUGAAUCCACUCCUGAAAAUGAUGCUUUUUAAAAACUCCGGCCAGAGUGGAGAUUUUGGAAAACUCUGUUUGCACGUUUGUGUGUAAACAGAGAAAAACGGGGAUCUGGGUAGCUGACGUCAGAUUGUGCGCCGCAAACUGAGUUAAAUGUGACGUUGUUUACAAUCUAUGGUGAUCAUGGAUGGAUGCAGAAUAGCAGUCACACUUAUGGUGGUACAAUCUCUGUAUAUUUGUUUGCAUUUGCAUUUAUGUCUUCUCCAAAAGAAGGAAGUGACAUCAUUGUUGUUGUUGUUGUUGUUGUUGUUGCUAUGCGGGAUUCUGAUUGGCUGACGUGCGCUUUAGCUUCUCGCUACACUGCCACCUACAGGUUUGGCAUGCUCUUGAUGACAUAUAUACACGGGUUAGUGUAAACAAAAACUUGCCUGAAAACGUAGUGGUGUGCACGCAGUUUUUUUAGGGACAAUUUUUUGGGUGAAAUGUCAGUUUAUGAAAAUAGCCGGGCACGUGUAAACGUAGUCUCAAUCUUAGUUUGUGCAUUCAUUUGGAUUCAGCGGUUGUAAAAAUCUGAGCCGAUGCUGAUACUGAUUUUUUAAACAAUAAUUAAGCUCAUGCCGAUGACGAUGUUUUUUUGUUCUUUUUUUUUUGCAUGUCGCUGGCCUUUUUCAGAGAUUGUGUAAUAAUCCUAAACUGCCGACAUUUUGUUCGACUGUAAACAAAUCUCACAUGUUGUACUCAGACCUCAUGCCGGUAUCUGACUAACAUGUGACUCCUUCUGCCCAAUAAAAUGUGUUUACAUUAUUAGCAGUUGCUGUUCUAAAGAUUGAUGAGUAGACGUAAACAUCGGCUACUCCCAUUGGCGCAUUCCACUUUAUUUACUGAUAGGCCGAUGUCCGUCAAUAGCAAAUCCCUAAAUUUGGAUCACCUGACAGUAUUAAAAGACGAACAAAUACGACUCCGAUAAAUCAAGUAUCCUGCAUCAGUUUUCAUUGCUUUAGGAUUCCUGUUUCUAUUUAAGAUUUUACAUAAGAUAUUAUUUUACUCCAGUGGACUUGAUUGUCAUUUCUGUAUUAUUUGUGGUUUGUGUUGAGCAUUAAGUAUUUUAAACCCUUUGUUGUGAGACUAAACGUCACUCAUAGUAGCUUUAAGAGGAGUUUUAACACUUCACAUUCAACCCAGACGCUCUAUGAGACACUCUGUUGUAUUAUUUUCUCAUGUCUAGGUGGAGUUGGCUCUGUGGGACACUGCGGGUCAGGAGGACUACGACAGGUUGAGGCCUCUGUCGUAUCCUGACACAGAUGUUAUCCUCAUGUGUUUCUCCAUCGACAGCCCUGACAGUUUAGGUAAGAAAACCACUCCUUUAAUCAAGCUGGGACAGAUUUGUCUGUAUAAAAAUGGCUGAUUCUGAGGUAAACGACACAUUUUAAUAGUGAUAUCUCUUUUUGAAUUAAGUCACCUUCUCUGAGCUGUUCUCAAACAUCUUCACUCACUUGAUGAGGAGCAGGAUUAGAGCUGCUAAAAACAUCUUUGCCUCCGGCAGUCUGCAGAGCCAUCCAUCAUGAGAAGUGUUCUGCACUGUGACUCUGCGCCGCCUGUCCCUUUUUAUAGUCCGACCCCUCCUCCCGUCUGUCUGGAGAGUCUCAGCUCACGUUUUUUCUCUUCCUGGACAGAAAAUAUCCCCGAGAAGUGGACGCCGGAGGUGAAGCACUUCUGCCCCAACGUUCCCAUCAUCCUCGUGGGGAACAAGAAGGACCUGAGGAACGACGAGCACACACGGAGAGAGCUGGCCAAGAUGAAGCAGGUACAGGAGCCUCUGAGGGCCAAUAAGCAGAAGGAGAUGGGUAAUGAAGGACAAGGGGGAGUUCCCCAACAGUCUGGCCCCUAAACCUGAAUAAUUAAUGCCACACACCCAUCAAAAAUACUGCUUCAGAGGGAGCUCAGUUUGACAAGAGCAUUAAAAGUAGCUGCUUCAUUUGCAUGUAGUUUCUAGUGAAGGUGUGGAUUACACUCCUGUCCUGGGAAUAUUUGAUCUGCAUCCAACCAGCUUUGACUGAAACCAGGUCUCCAGUCCGCCGUCUGAGACCGAGACAGAGUAGGGCGCCCUGACGAGAACAAAACAAGCCCUUAUUCAGACGUGUCUCUUCACUUUUUACACUCUUCAAUCUCAAACUGGAAUAUCUGAUUUCUGCUGUUUUGUUUCUGAGGAAUUAAGUGUUCUACAUACGAGUGUUUUAUGGCGGCUGUAUGUCUCUGACUCCCUAUAAAAAGUGACAUGAUUGUUGUCCUUUUAUGGCCGUGGUAGGAACACUGAAGAAACUCUGACCUAAUCAGUUUUGUCUGUGCAGACCACGAAUACUUACUCUGUUUCAACCACAAAGAGCUGCAGAAAUACAAGGUUUUGAUUGGUUAAAAAAAACUAAAAGUCUAAAAUUAACAGUGGUGAAGCAAACAAGGUCACACACUGAGAGUUGGUGUAAAUACAUUUUUAAUGCCUGUGACAGCUGUUGGAGGGUGAGGAGAUCGACGACUCUUUUAGAGGAGAAACUGCAGAUUUUAAUCGGCUCUUUCUUUAUCCUGUUCGCUGAUCAAUUUUCAAAAUCAUUUAGCCUCUCCUAGGACUGGGCGAUUCGGCAAAAAAAAGAGAGAUAACGAUUUAUUUUGUCAUAUCGUCCGAUCUCGAUUAUUAUCACUUUGUUUUUUUAAACUAGACAGUUUUUAAGCAUCUGAACUAAAAACUAAAGAAACUAGAGAUUAGUUCAACAUUUUAUUAACAUACAAAGUAAAUAACAAAGAAUAAGAAAAAUAUAAAAACCAUUUUAACUCAACAAGUACAACAAAUGUAGAUAAAUACUAAAUAAACAAGUUUCCCUCUCAGAAAUAAUAAAGAUGCCUUAAAAUCUAAACAUUAGAUGACGUAAACAUAGAUGAUACGAUUGAUCGCUGCUUUGGUCUGGUGGCUGCACCACUAGUUUUAGCUAAACUGCUAAUGCUACUAAUGCCGUCAGCAGUGAAGGUACAGACUCCGCUCACAUUUUCAGGCUUCCCGCUUUAAGAACUUCUUCAAAUGAUUGAACGGAUUUAUUGUGUUGUCGGUUUUUGAGGUCACCAACCGCCAACAUACCUUACACAUCGCCAUAACUGCUCGACGUCACUUUGGAGAUAUCGGAACCACCGCCACACAACCGACGCUGAAUAACUUCUCAACAAUAACAUCUUCAGAGGACGACUCAAAGUCAUGGCUGACAUUGAUUUAGUUGCCCUCAGCUCCACGUUCGGUCAUUCUGUUUACUUCUCUGGCAACUUACAGAAGUGAGCAGGAAAAGCUCGACUCUGAUUGGCUGUAAAUAUGCUCACAGCUGAUCACUGUGAUCGAACUGAAAUUUAUCACGAUCAUAUAAUCGCCCAGACCUAGCCUCUCCAUUUCACCUCUCGGGUAAAAUCACGCAAAACUAUUCGAAUGAACCAUGUAACAAGCUCUCUGAUUGGUUAUAAGCUGACCUAUUACAUGCAGAUGUCUGUAGGGAGAUAAAGUUGUAAUAUGAGAAAGUAGAAAUAAUAAUCUUUUAAUUGUUCAACUGCUUUUUAUUCAAAGAAAUGACUUCCUACAAUUUAUGCCACUCUCAUGGUCACAUAUUCAGAUUAAACGUAUUUGACGCCAGACUUUUCUGUGUGUCUGUUUUGUUUCAUACGUGUUCAGAGGAGACAGGUGUUGGUUGAAUAUUUGGAUUAAGAAAAAUGUACCUCCCCUCUCCGCAGGAGCCGGUGAAGACAGAUGAAGGCAGGGACAUGGCCUGCAGGAUCAGCGCUUUCGGCUACUUGGAGUGCUCGGCUAAGACGAAGGACGGCGUGCGGGAGGUGUUUGAGAUGGCCACCAGGGCGGCGCUGGAGGUCCCGAAGAGAAAGAAGAGAGGCGGAUGCACACUUCUGUGAGGAGACCUGACGCCAUCAAACCGACUGACCAAUGAGAGAAGACGAAACACACGGAAAGGACUGCCCUUCUGCCAAACUGUAUCACACAUUUCCCGAUGACGGUCAGACGGAUGAUACAGGAAAAGGAUUUUGUCGAUAUUACAGCUGUUGUUAGAAAUUGAUGUUUAAAAUUGUUGAUUUUUUUCUUAAUCUCUCUUCACGUAUACAUUUUUUCCUACUUGUUUUUCUUUAUGUUUUGAGGAGUUAUACAUGCACAUAUUUGUAUGCAAUAUUGUCGUUCACAAGCUCAGACGAGCAGCGUUUUAUCUCGCUUGUAUAAAGUCUUUGAGUGUCCGGACUGUCCUGUAAGCUGAAGCUGUUUAUCCUGCUAGCGUAAUGAUGGAAAAUGAAAGAUGAUGUUUUUUGAGCGUAACAGUGAGUGCCUUUGUUGUUGUUUUCACACGCGUCUUCUUCUCAUGUUUGUCGGCUAGUUUAUACGUCAUCUAUGGGCUCUCCGUUCUGUUGUGCCUCUUUUAUACAGCGAAACCUGAGGAGACAUUAACCGCUCUUCAAGCACAAAACUGUUCGCUUAUUUUUGGUCUUUGUCUCACUGUUUAAGGAGCUGCUUAUCACACGGUUAUACCAAUAGACUAAAUAUACUACGGACAACUUGGCUCCGCUUUACGUCAUUUUACGAAUUUGAAGCUGAAUUGCUCUUGGUAUUUCCGGGAUUUUCUCCACUUCCCGGAACCAUCACUUGCGCAAUAGCGUCUACGCAUUCGGCGGUAGAUUACCCUCCGGGAGAGCUACACAAUCCCUGAAUGCCAAUAGGCUGUAUCAGGUGUCAAUCAUAGAAAACAUGAACCUCCUAAUAACUUUAAAAAUGGAGCUGUACAGAAAAAAAGAGGAUUUGAGCACAAACCAGUCUGACAGUAACUACAUGUCAACAUCACAACCAGGGGGGAGAAACAUUUAUAUUCUGUGUCAUUAAUUUAUAAAGUUUGUCCACAGCUCCAUAGGGAUUGCUGGAGGAGGCGGGAUUUAGGACCUAUACUGCAGCCCGCCACCAGAGGGCGCUGUUCUCAUGGUGGCUUCACCCAGAGAGGAGGCAGACAGUGUCCGUUCUAUAAACAGUCUGUGGUUAUACCACUUUUAAGAUGAUAUGUGACGUAUUAUCCAGGUUAUGAGGCUGUUUCUCUAACUGAAGAUCAUUUUUUGUGUUUUUUUAAGUCAGUUUAGAAAGACAGAAAAAAAAUCUGUUGAAAAACAGAUUUAAGUGCACCCAUUUUCUUUUGAUGAAAAAAAUAGACAAGCACAAAGUUUACCAAUGAUCAUUACAGAGAGGUAAUUGAUUUUGACACUUAUUUGGUCUUUUAAAAAAUAUUAAACGUUUUUUAAAAAUUAUAUGAAUUAGCUUAAACCCAACUCUUAAAACCUACAUCACCUGAUAACAACUUUAAAGCUCCUGCAGUGACACAGAUCCCGGGUCCUGAGCCCAGUAACAUUUCAUGAGACUAUAAGGGCUGUCCUUACUGUUCAUAGUGUGGUGGGACAAAAACGAGACGUUGAUGAGGUGACAGGUUGCCUUCAGUGGUUGAUUUUUGCGUAUUUGUCCAGAAACAAAUCCACUGUCUCUUCGGUGUGUCGUAUUUUUAAAAAAGGGGGUCUUGGAGCACAGAUGUGCACCCGUCCAGCUCUUGCACACGUCUCUGAUUUCAGAUCUAACCUGGAAGUACAACAGCUUGGUUUAAAGAAGUCCAGUCAGGUGUCCUGCUUUUAUUUGUGUUUGUUUUUCUGUUGCUUAUUUGUGUAAAUGUGUCAAAGAGGGCGGGUGUUAAAACUGUAUCUUCAGUGUCACAUAUAUCCUUUUUGUAAGGCCAGUAAAGACGUCAAACCUCACAGACGGCAGGAUGUGUCUUCACUUAUUUUAGCCGAGUGCACACUCCUCAGUGAGCGAUCUCAAGAGGAAACUACAGCUUACAAAACCAGCUGACGUUACGACCUUCUCUAUAAAUCUUUCUUACAUGGAAAUGUUAUAAAUCUAGACUUCGUGACUGAGUGAAGAUUUGUAGUUUUAAACGGCCUUAAGCUUCAUGUCCAACAUUGUCUUCUCCAUGUUUUUUUGCACGUCUCAACAAGCCUGAAGUUGAGGAAUUCUUGAGGUCAGCGGCAGCAGAGAUAGCCGAGCAACUGUCUCCUCUGGACGAAGAAGAACGCGUUUCCACAAAGUAGCAGAAGAUUUUCAAAACUGUUGAUGUCCUUACGGUGUCGGUGUAUGCAUGAGAAAACCAUCAGCCUGUACGCAAACACACUCCAAUAUCCACAGACACGUCUUUGGGAAAAGCUCCUUUCUUUCUUUCUUUUUUGGAAGUAUUUGAAAUGAUUACACACAGAUUUAUGUCAAAGUCUAUUAAAAUAAUGACUUUGUAAACAAAA